AGAAGACUUGGUAGCUGCUUUAUACUCAGCCAAUGCCACUUCACUCACGGUUGACCACUUCCUCGAUAGCUCGUUGAACAUUAGGAUUAAAGUGAAUAUGGAUGUGGUAAUAUAGCCUACGAUCACCACGUGGAAUCACCUUGUAGCGUCCGGGAUAAUGCCUGUACAGCAGACCAGCACACAUGCCAAUCACCAACCCUGUCCGGCCCACAAAACCUCAGACGAACCGUCCGUGACACAAACACACGAACCUCAAAAUGGCUCUGCCGACAAAGAGACUCUCCAACAGCAGCACAUCAUCUCCAGUUCUCCCCGUCAAGCCACCGACAGCAUGAGCCCACAGGCCACACCCGACCCAUCCACCCCUCAACCGUACACGAUCAUCGCCCACCACCUAGCUACCCGAUUGACAUUAAGAGCCCCAGCCCAUGUCCGAUCCACACACGGCCAAUUCGCCGCCUCCGCCGGCGGGCGCGUAUGGCCCACCGCGCACAUUGAUCUACCCAUUCGACCGCACGCCAUUCUUCGCCCAGCGCAACCUCGACUACGAAGCGUCGCUCAAACGCAACAUCAUCGAGAACGCCCAUGCGGUGUGGACGUUGGUGAAUCCAGAGGUGAUGCUGACGUGCCAUGGCCCUAGCCAGCACUGCGCACACCUGAUCUCCCACGACGACACGCCGGAGAAAAGUACGAGCUACAAGGUGAUCACGGG